CAGGACGCACAGACAACUAGCUGUGCUCUUAUAGAUUAUUUCCUUCAGACGACUAACUUACACGGACUUUCUCAUAAUAAGGAGAUGAAUAACUUUAUACUGAUUUUGCCAUUUUUGCCUCUUCUAUUUGAACCAGCACUGUGCUCGGAAGAUGAGACAAGAUUAGUAAAGACUCUGUUUACCGGAUAUAACAAGGUUGUUCGUCCUGUCAGCCAUUUUAAGGAUCCAGUAGUGGUUACUGUUGGACUACAACUCAUUCAGCUUAUCAGCGUGGAUGAAGUUAAUCAGAUUGUCUCCAGUAAUGUACGGCUAAAGCAGCAAUGGAAGGAUGUGAAUCUGCAGUGGAAUCCUGAUGACUACGGUGGCAUCAGGAAGAUCAGAAUUCCCUCCACUGACAUCUGGAAACCCGAUUUAGUGCUUUAUAACAAUGCUGAUGGAGACUUUGCCAUUGUCCAUGAGACAAAGGUCAUGUUGGAGCACACGGGUAUGAUAACAUGGACUCCACCAGCAAUCUUUAAGAGCUACUGUGAGAUCGUGGUCCUUCACUUUCCCUUCGACCUGCAGAACUGCAGCAUGAAACUUGGAACGUGGACCUAUGAUGGCAACCUUGUCAUCAUCAACCCAGACAGCGACAGACCAGACCUCAGUAAUUUCAUGGAGAGCGGGGAGUGGGUGAUGAAGGAUUACAGGAACUGGAAACACUGGGUGUAUUAUUCUUGCUGUCCAGAUACACCCUACCUCGACAUCACUUAUCACUUCCUCCUGCUCCGCCUCCCGCUCUACUUCAUCGUGAACGUCAUCAUCCCCUGCAUGCUGUUCUCCUUCCUCACUGGGCUUGUGUUCUACCUGCCCACAGACUCUGGUGAGAAGAUGACCCUCAGCAUCUCUGUCCUGCUUUCUCUGACUGUGUUCUUGCUGGUGAUUGUUGAGUUGAUCCCCUCCACGUCCAGCGCCGUCCCACUCAUCGGCAAAUACAUGCUCUUCACCAUGAUCUUUGUCAUUGCUUCUAUCAUCAUCACUGUGAUUGUCAUCAACACACACCACCGCUCCCCCAGCACACACACCAUGCCUGCCUGGGUCCGCAAGAUCUUCAUAGACACCAUUCCAAACCUGAUGUUUUUCUCCACCAUGAAGCGACCAUCCCAGGAACGACAGGAAAAGCAUAUCUUUCCUGCCGAUUUUGACAUCUCUGACAUCUCAGGGAAACCCAUGCCAGCCUCUGUCACUUACCACUCUCCCAUAACCAAAAAUCCUGAUGUACGUAGUGCCAUCGAGGGUGUUAAAUACAUCGCAGACACCAUGAAAAGCGACGAGGAGUCCAACAACGCCGCAGAGGAAUGGAAGUUUGUCGCUAUGGUCCUGGAUCACAUUCUUCUCUGUGUGUUCAUGGCGGUGUGUAUUAUUGGCACUUUAGGGGUGUUUGCCGGACGCCUGAUUGAGCUCAGCAUGCUGUGAGAGUCCAAAGGCCCAACUGAAGCCAGGGACUGGAGUGACUCGACUCUCUGCUGAGCUGUAGCAAAGAGGCUGCUUGGAACAGUGUGCUUAGACAACAACUGGAAAAUAAAACACACACACCACUUGUUUCUCUUUAUUUAAAGUAUAUCUGUUAUAACAGUUGCUCCUUCCCUCAGAAUGUCAGUACACUGUGUUCAUAUUUAUCUUGACAAAAUUAAGCACAGAAGCAGAGAAACAUGAGAACGCGUGGCAUUUAUUUUACGAAGGAGUGUAUUAUAUUUUAUUUUGUUUAUUUUGUAUGUUAGAUUUGUUUCAAAUGUUUUUAUUUUUCUUGGUUUGUGUUUUCCGUGGUAACCAAUGUACUUGAAUGGCUUGAUAUUUAAAGAGGGUCACGGAUGAAUAAACUGUUUUUGAGUGUAUAUAACUGCACAUUAAAAAAAAUCUAAACCUAA